AUGGCUCGGCCGUACGUUUGCGCGCUGACCCUGGCGGCUACGCUGCUGCUAGGGAUCGCCACCGUCCCCAGGUCCAAGGGCCUGAGGGACGCCGAGCAUCGGAGGGCGUCGCGAAUUCCUUCUCAGUUCAGCCAAGAGGAAAGCGUCACGAUGAAGGAAUCGCUGAAAGGUGCCAUCCAGAUCCCCACGGUAUCUUUCAACCCCGGAGAGUUCAACACGACAGCCCUGGCUGAGUUUGGAGAAUACAUGCACAGAGUCUUUCCUACUGUGUUCAGAACCAGCUUUAUCCGGCACGAAGUUGUGGGAGAAUACAGCCACCUGUUCACUGUCCAAGGCUCAGACCCAAGCUUGCAGCCCUACAUGCUGCUGGCUCACAUCGACGUGGUGCCUGCCCCUGACCAGGGCUGGGAGGUGCCCCCGUUCUCUGGGUUAGAACGUGAUGGCUUCAUCUAUGGCCGAGGCACACUAGACAACAAGAACUCUGUGAUGGCCAUCCUGCAGGCCUUGGAGCUCCUGCUGAUCAGAAAUUACAUCCCCCGAAGAUCUUUCUUCAUCGCUCUGGGCCAUGAUGAGGAGGUGUCAGGGGCACAUGGGGCUCAGAAGAUCUCAGCCCUCCUCCAGGCGAGGGGUGUCCAGGUCGCCUUCGUUGUGGAUGAGGGUAGCUUCAUCAUGGAUGGUUUCAUUCCCAGCCUCAAGAAGCCCUUUGCCAUGGUUUCGGUCUCAGAGAAGGGUUCACUUGACCUCAUGAUGGAAGUAAACUCGACUCCAGGCCACUCCUCAGCUCCUCCGAAGGAGACUAGCAUUGGCAUCCUCGCAGCUGCUGUCAGCCGGCUGGAGCAGACACCGAUGCCGAACAUGUUUGGAAGCGGGCUCUUGAAGAUAACAUUGCAGCAACUGGCUAAGGAGUUUUCCUUCCCUGUCAAUGUAAUCUUCAACAACCUGUGGCUAUUUUGGCCCAUUGUGAGCAGAUUAAUGGAGAGGGACAAUAUAUCCAAUGCACUGGUCAGGACGACUACGGCAGUCACCAUGUUCAAUGCAGGGAUCAAGGUGAAUGUCAUCCCCCCAGUGGCCCGGGCUACAGUCAACUUCAGGAUUCACCCGGCACAGACAGUCCAGGAGGUCAUUAAACUAGCCAAGGAUAUUGUGGUUGAUGAUCGGGUCCAGUACCAUGUGUUAGAAGCCGUUGAGCCCCUGCCUGUCAGCCCCUUUGAUGACCGGGCCUUGGGCUACCAGCUGAUCCGCCAGACCAUAGAGUCCGUCUUCCCGGAAAUCAGCAUUGUUGUUCCAGGUACUUGUAUUGCUCAAACUGACAGCCGACAUUAUACAAACCUCACCACUGGCAUCUAUCGGUUCAACCCCAUCUACCUGACGCCUCAGGACUUCAGUGGCAUACAUGGAAUCAACGAGAGAAUCUCAGUCCAAGCCUACGAGAUGCAGAACAGAUAG